ACCGGGCUCCGGAGGUCAGGUGAGUGCGUCCACCCCACUCCACGGCUGUCCCGACCGAAGACAGAACAGACAAUAGGGGAAAAUCACCCUUUUUUUAUUGGGGCCCACAGAAAACAGCCCCAAGAUGCUGAGGACCCUGACAUUGGGCAGGAGCCAUUGGAAACCCCCAGGUGUCUCCAUCCUGGACAAGGAGACGUGGGGGACUCUGCAUGGUCACCCCCUGAGGCCGUGCUCGCAGCGUCCCUGCGCACAGAGAAGGGGGAAUAUCACUUCACACCCGCUCUGGAAGGGGCCAGCCCUCGUGCCGGGGGGCUCCCGGCAGUCCCCCAUUAACAUCUGCGGCAGGGACAGCGUCUACGACCCCCGGCUGAGGCCUCUCAGGGUCUCCUACCACGCGGUGGGCUGCCUCGCCAUCUGGAACACUGGCUACCUCGUCCAGGUGGACUGUGACGACUCCGACGUGCGGGCAGGGAUCAGUGGCGGCCCCUUGGAAAACCGCUACAGACUGAGGCAGUUCCAUUUCCACUGGGGCGCGGCGAACGAGCGGGGCUCAGAGCACACGGUGGACGGCCACGCGUACCCGGCAGAGCUGCAUUUAGUUCACUGGAAUUCUGUGAAAUACCAAAAUUACAAAGAGGCUGUCCUGGGAGAGAACGGCUUGGCUGUGAUAGGCGUCUUUCUAAAGCUGGGGGCCCAUCACAAGGAGCUACAGAAGUUGCUGGAAGUCUUCCCCAAAAUAAAGCAUAAGGGUGCACGGGCGGCCCUGGGCCCCUUCCACCCCGCCCGCCUGCUGCCCGCCUGCCGGGACUACUGGACCUACCCAGGCUCCCUCACCACCCCUCCGCUCACCGAGUCGGUCACCUGGAUCGUCCAGAAGCGGCCCGUUGAGGUGGCUCCUGACCAGGAGGGACACCUGGGCGCCGGCCCGCCCAGCGCCUGCUCCCUGCUGCCUCCGCUGCUCUCUGUUCCAGCUGGACACGCUUCGCACGCUGCUGGUUUCUGCACUUGGCGAGGAAGAGAAAACGAUGGCGAACAACUACCGCCCAGUCCAACCCCUGAUGGGCCGGGAGGUCCGUUCAUCCUUCCCAGCCACUGAGGACGGUGCAAGACCCUGAGUUCAUCGUGUCCAAGUCAGUGGGCAGAACUGACUUUAAAGAGAGGACGUACUGUUUCCCAAGUUUCACGGUCUGAUCAGAUGCAGCCUCUGAAAUUAAAAAGAGAGGAAGAGGUCACUGUUUCAGGCAAUGUCCUUUUCCUCUGCAAGGAAGAGAAAUCAUUUCAAAGAAGCUUGAGUCCAACAGGGAAUGGAAACCUGGAACGCGGGGCGUCUCAUGGGAGCCACAGAGGGCGCAGAGGCCAUGAGGAGCCGCGCAAGCGCCCGAGGACUGAGGCCGCCUUCCCUCCCUCGGCUCAGUGCUGUCCCCUCUCAGCAGGCGGCCUCUGGCACUCCACACUCACGCCCCCUCAGUUCCCGCAACGCAGAGCCUGAGACUAGCAUCCUCGUUUCCGGGUCCCAGGUCCCCGGGUGGUUUGGUGCCCCGGGGCUGCAGUGACAAAUGACCGCAGACUGGGGCGGUUGAACACCAGGAAUGCACUUCCCCGGUUCUGAAGCUGGAAGUCAGGAUUGGGGGGGAGGUUGGCGAGGACCCUGAGCCUCUUCUCGCUGGGUGUCCUCACUCAGCCUGCACGCAGAGGCAGCGCUCUCCUCCUAUCAGGCUUGGCCCUGCCCUUAGGACGUUAUUUAACCUUAAUUACGUCCUAAAAGCCCCAUCUCCAAACACUGACACUGGGGCUCGGGGCUUCAACAUAUGAAUUUGGCAGAAGGGACACAAAUCGCCCACAGCGACCACAAACUCGGGGCUUAAACCAACGGAAAUCUGUGUCUCGCAGCUCUGCAGGCCGGAAGUCCACAUUCAAGGACUGAUUCCUUCUGGAAGCUUCCAGCAGGGAAUCCAUUCCCAGCCUCUUCCAGCUUCCCGUGGCCCCCACGCUCCUUGGCUUGGCCCCCCCCCCCCCCUCUGGCUUCAAGGCCAAGGAGUUUUCCAAAAUGGUGUUCAGGACAUGCUGCCCUUUACCUGUGGUCAUCCUGGAAGGUGUAAUGGCUUCUCACUGUGGACUUCUUAAAAUUGGGGUGAAACACACAUAAAAUUGCAGUCUUAACCAUC